UGUUAUUUAUUUGGAGUCUUUUUCUAAUUUAUCUCUGUGUGUACAUGUCCCCAUUCACUCAGCUUUUCUGGAAGACUUAUUCUAAGAAUCUAAUUAUAGCGAAAGGUAAUUAAGUUAAUAGCUCAUGGAGGUAGCGUGUUCUCAGAAAAGCGAGAUGGAUGCCGCGGGUAAGGAGAGGUGAUGAUGGCACACCCUCCGUGUGUGGAUUUACCUUUUACAAACACCUAUUCUCAGGGAGAGGAAGAGAGAGAGAGAGAGAGGACGAAGAGGAGGAGGAGGGAGAGUUUGCCCCACAUCUUCACAGCUAAAACUGCCUCCGUCGCUGAGACAGUCCGAGAUGGAGCCGUCUGUGGGCAACGGAGCGCAGCGUUUCCACUCAUGGAUCCACGCAGAAAAGGGGGAUUUUGGUGAAAAGCGAAUAUAAACUACAAACGGAGUCCGAAAUCAACCCCUCUUUCAUCCACCAUAUGGAGUCAAACUUCAUGUUAAACUAUUUUAAAGGUUCUCCUGUAGCAACAGCCUGAGUCUGAUUGGGAUCUGAUGUGUGUCAUGGGGAUAUGGUGAGGCGAUGUGCACAAGCUUGUGUGAGAAGAGAUGUGGCGCCGUCAGUGGAGGAAGGGGAAGGGGGACAGGUGAAAAGCUGGAUCUCUACUCAUGGCUGUGCAUGUCACUCUUGUUCUCGACCCUGUGGGGUCAAGCAACCCCUCAGUGCCCGGACAGCUGCCACUGUGCCUGGGAGACAGCCACUGUGUUGUGCUCGGACGCAGGGCUGCGGGAAAUCCCAGAGGGGAUCCCACCAGAGACGGUUUCCUUACACCUGGAGCGCAACUACAUCCGGAACAUCCCAGAGAGUGCCUUCAGCCACCUGGUCCACCUGCGGGACCUCUACCUGUCCCACAACCGCAUCGACUCUCUCUCCUCCGGGGCCCUGCGGCACCUGGGACCUGACCUGCGCCUGCUGGACCUCUCACACAACCAGCUGAGGCAGGCCAGCAGGGAGGAGUUUGGGUCCACUCGCGCCAAGACCCGGCUCUAUCACAAUCCCUGGCACUGUGACUGCACCCUGCAGGAGCUGAUGGAGACUCUGAACCUGGAGCCCGAGACCGUGAAUGGGAUCAUCUGCGAGAGCUCCGUGCGGGGCGUGGGGGAGGGGAGCCGGUGGGAGGACCCGGGAUCACCAGGCGAGCACACAGGUCAGCCGCUGGUCAAGCUGCUGGACUCCGGGGUGAACUUCUGCAGCCUGCAGAGGAAGACCACGGAUGUAGCCAUGCUCGUGACCAUGUUUGUGUGGUUCUUCAUGGUCAUUGUGUACGUUGUGUACUAUGUCCGGCAGAACCAGGCUGAGGCCCGGAGGCAUUUGGAGUACCUGAAGAGUCUACCCAGCCCACGUAAGACCCCUACAGAGACAGACACGCUGAGCACGGGCUUCUGAGCUGAAUGCUGUUGAAACUUAACAUUCAGAUGCCAUAUUUAUGGAACGUGACUCUGAAACGCUGACAGAAGUUACUGAAGUUACCAACUAUGGAGGGAAUUAACCUUUUACAGCGGUUUGAUUAUUCCUUUAAAUUCUUAUUCUAAACAUUUAUUUUCUUAUGACGUUUUUGUUUUUCAGUUUUAGUACAAAAUUUGACAUAUUUUUCAACUUGUACUUUCUGCACUGAGAGAGGAGAGGAAAAGUUAUGAAAGCGCAGCAGGUAAAGAUAA